AUGGCUAAAGGGCGUGUUCUGGUCAUAGCUGGCUCUGAUAGUUCUGGUGGAGCAGGGCUGGAAGCCGAUCAAAAAGUGAUCUCAGCUCACGGAUGCUAUGCCAUGACAGCCACUACGGCGUUGACUGCCCAGAACACGCUUGGUGUCGUCGACAUUCAUAAUACUCCUCCAGAGUUUGUGCGAAAGUUGAUCGAUGCGUGCAUUAGCGAUAUUGGUGUUGAUGUUGUGAAAACUGGUAUGCUGGCUUCGGCAGAAACGAUCAAAAUUGUGGCAAAAGCUCUUAAAGAUCACCAUGUGACUACAACGGUCAUUGAUCCUGUAAUGGUCUCUACAAGUGGCUCUCAACUACUUCCUCAGAAUGCUGUCCGUGAACUUCGAGAGGACCUUCUACCUCACACAACAAUACUCACCCCCAAUGUGCCUGAAGCGAAGCUUCUCCUUUCCGAUGCUGGCAUACCUGCCAGUGAUCCCCAUGACGUCGAAGAUUUGAUAAGCUUAGCAAAAGCUGUGCAAAGUCUUGGCCCUCGAUAUGUGCUCUUGAAGGGUGGCCAUCUCCCAUUCAAGAGCGACCGGACUGUAGCAAAGACGGAGGAGGAGAAAAUGCUCAUGGUCGAUAUACUCUAUGGCAAUGGGAAGGUGACAAAGAUAGAGACUGCAUACCUGAAGUCAAAGAAUACUCAUGGCACAGGCUGCUCAUUGGCCUCUGCCAUCGCAUCAAACCUGGCAAAUGGCCUCAAGAUGACGGAAGCAGUAAGGCGUGCUUGUAGAUAUGUGGAAGCAGGCAUAAAAACAUCAACUGAUCUCGGUCAAGGGAAUGGACCUAUCAAUCAUUUCCAUUCAACCUAUACUUUACCAUUUCCUCCUGGCCGAUUCAUUGAAUACGUUCUGGAACGCUCGGACGUUCAAAAGUCUUGGAAAGAACAUACCGAGCAUGAAUUCGUUGGCGGACUUGCCGAUGGGACACUUCCCAUUGAGUCAUUCAAGUACUAUCUUAUUCAGGAUUAUCUCUUCCUGAUUCAAUUUGCUCGUGCGAAUGCUUUGGUAGCGUACAAAGCGAAGACCAUUGAAGAUAUUGCAGCAGGCGCCAAGAUUGUGGCACACAUCUACCAAGAGAUGGCUCUACACAUCGAUUAUUGCAAGGGCUUCGGUAUCACAAGAGAAGAGAUCGUAGCCACAAAAGAACAUCAAGCUUGUACUGCAUACACUAGAUAUGUACUCGACAUUGGACAGUCUCAAGACUGGUUUGCGCUGCAAGUAGCAUUGGCACCUUGCUUGAUUGGUUAUGGAGAGAUCGCAAGACGACUCUAUGCUGACUCCAGAACUAAGCGCGAAGGGAACAUAUAUUGGAAGUGGAUUGAGAAUUAUGUUGCAGAUGACUAUACAGAAGCAGUGAAAGUCGGUAGAGAUCUACUAGAAAGAAAUGCUGUGCUACAGUCGCCGGCUAGGAUUGAAGAACUAAUUCAAAUAUUCAUUAAUGCAACGAAUAGUUUAUCGAAAAUGUCGUACGGCGGUGGCGGAUACGGAGGCGGUCGAGGAGGUUCUUCUGGGUACGAUAAUGGACGCGAUUCUUACAGCCGCAAUAACUACUCCAGUGGCUAUUCCAAUGGUGGUGGCGGCUACGGUGGCUCAUCAAAUGGCUACGGCGGCGGUGGUGGUGGAGGUAAUGUCAACGGCUACUCAGGAGGUGGAGGCUAUGGAGGAGGAGGUGGAUAUGGAGGCGGUGGACAAGGUGGUGACCGCAUGUCUAACCUUGGUGCUGGUUUACAGAAGCAAAACUGGGACCUGAACAACCUUCCUAAGUUCGAGAAAUCAUUCUACAAGGAGGACCCACUAGUCACCAACCGCUCGGAAUCCGAUGUCAUCAAGUUUAGAAAUCAACAUAUGAUUGCUGUCCAAGGCCGAGAUGUUCCACGACCAGUCGAGACCUUCGAUGAGGCUGGCUUCCCAACAUACGUCAUGAGCGAAGUCAAGGCUCAAGGUUUCCCAGCCCCAACUGCUAUUCAAUCCCAAGGUUGGCCCAUGGCUCUCUCUGGACGUGAUGUCGUCGGUAUUGCUGAAACUGGAUCUGGAAAGACCCUGACCUACUGUCUCCCGGCCAUCGUCCACAUCAACGCUCAACCACUUCUUGCCCCAGGAGACGGACCUAUCGUCUUGGUUCUUGCCCCAACCCGCGAGCUUGCAGUCCAAAUUCAGCAGGAAAUCACCAAAUUUGGCAAGUCUUCCCGUAUCCGCAACACCUGUGUUUAUGGUGGUGUUCCUAAGGGAGGUCAGAUUCGGGAUCUUGCUAAGGGAGUCGAGGUUUGCAUUGCUACCCCAGGUCGUCUUAUCGAUAUGCUUGAGUCAGGAAAGACCAACCUUCGUCGUGUUACUUACCUUGUUCUUGACGAAGCUGAUCGUAUGUUGGACAUGGGUUUCGAACCUCAAAUCCGUAAGAUCCUUGGCCAAAUUCGACCAGACCGACAAACUUGCAUGUGGUCCGCUACUUGGCCCAAGGAAGUUCGUGCUCUUGCCUCCGACUACCUAAACGACUUCAUUCAAGUCAACAUUGGUUCCAUGGAGCUUUCUGCUAACCAUAGAAUCACCCAAAUUGUUGAAGUUGUUUCUGAGUUCGAGAAGAGAGAUAAGAUGACAAAGCAUCUUGAGAAGAUCAUGGAAGAUAAGGACAACAAGAUCCUGAUUUUCACAGGUACCAAGCGUGUUGCUGACGAUAUCACCCGGUUCCUCAGACAAGAUGGAUGGCCUGCGCUUUCUAUCCACGGAGACAAGCAACAGAAUGAGCGUGAUUGGGUCUUGAACGAGUUCAAGACAGGAAAGAGUCCCAUCAUGGUUGCCACUGAUGUGGCUUCCCGUGGUAUUGAUGUUCGCAACAUUACCCAUGUGUUGAACUAUGAUUACCCGAACAAUUCGGAAGAUUAUAUUCAUCGUAUUGGUCGUACUGGUCGUGCUGGUGCCAAGGGUACUGCCAUUACGUUCUUUACUACUGACAACUCUAAGCAGGCUCGUGAUCUUGUCUCUGUCUUAACCGAGGCGAAGCAACAGAUCGAUCCUAGACUUGCUGAGAUGACCCGUUACGGCGGCGGCGGUGGAGGUGGUGGCCGCUACGGACGAGGUGGCGGAUUCGGUGGAGGCCGUGGACGUGGUGGAGGUUUCACCUCUUCCAACUCUGCACCUCUCGGUGGCAACAGACGUUGGUAA